CGUAUGACGUUAGUCGCGUUUGAUGUCUUAGGUCUGUGCAGCUUUGACGAAACAUCAAAGUCUCCCUUCUUCUCACCACUACAUCUUCUCCUUUUUUUUUUCUUCCUGUCGCAUCUCUCUCGAUGAAGUCAACGCUCCUUUCCUGGAGCCUCAUGGCCCCUGCGACACUAAGCUUCGCCGCCGUCGCAUCAGAAUUCACCAACCCGACAUAUCGCCAUGGCGCUCAUUCUCCCUCGCAAUACGUCGUAGAAGACGCAGCAGCACACGGGAUCCUUCCCCUCGAGGUCGGGGUCGGACACUUCAGCGAGUGGAGUCGAGAUACAAAAAAGCGAUUCUUCAUCGAUUGGCAGGAUUCCAAAGAAAAUGAAUGGGUCUUUGUCAUGGGGAACGAAGGUGGAGAUCUGGACAGUAUGGCCAGCGCGCUUACAUGGGCGUAUCAUCUGGAGCAUUCGACCAUGAAUUCUUCGAAGCCGCUUAAGGCUAUCGCGUUAUUGCAGACGUCUAUGGAUGCCCUUGAUCUACGCCCGGAGAACAAAGUUGCGUUGAGCAACUCCAAAAUGACUUCGGGUCAUGAGGACUUGCUCACCAUGGAUGAACUCCCUGAAGACCCGGAGACACUGAGUAGGAAGCUCAAGGGGAUAAUUCUCGUCGAUCACGCAACUCCUCUCCGUAAAUGGGAACACGCCAAAAUCCUCAGCAUCUUUGACCACCACGUCGACAAAGGUGCCGCGCCCUCGGCCAAGCCCCGCGUCUUCGAAAAAGUAGCAUCAUGCACCACCCUCGUAGCACGACAAAUGCUCGAUGAGCUAGAAGACCUUCCUUCCGAAUACCACAUGCCGCACGAACUCCUCGAACUGAUUCUUAGCGCCAUCGCAAUUGACUCCUCAGGUCUCGACUCUGCCGUUCCUGCCGACUCAAAAACUGCCGCCCGCGUCCUCGCCCGCAGCCGCUGGGCCGACCGCUCCCUCUCGUCCGCCAUGUCCUCGCUCGCCCGCGAACUAAAAGACGCAAAGAAGGACCUUGACGGGCUAUCUGUUCGCGAUCUUCUCCGUCGCGACUGGAAAGGGGAUCUCGUCGAUACGCCGUCGCCACGCACCCCGACUGUCAGCCUUGGCUUUGCGUCUAUUCCGUACUCGCUCGAUGCGCAGAUUCGCAAAACUGGGUUUGGAGAGUUGUUCCACUGGUUCUCGAUUCACGCAGCGUGGACCGCUGCUACGGGCGUCGAUAUCGACAUCUGCCUUAACAAGUACAAAACGCGUGACGAAGAGACGGGCAAGAAGAAGAAGAUCCGCGAGAUCGUGCUUACAGUACGCGAUGAUGUAAGGAUAGAUGAAAGGCAGGCCGACUCGCUAUUCCGGCUUGUGUACGAGGCGUUGGAAGCGGAUGAGGGUUUGAAAUUGAAGAGGUGGGCGAGAGCUGGGGAGUUGGGACCGAGACAGAUGGUCUGGACCCAUGAGAGCGGCGCGGGGAGGAAGGUCAUCAGGCCUAUUGUGGAGGAGGCUGUUCGACAAUGGGAUAUGUAG